GAUUGUUGGCCCUGGAGGAUCAAAUUGGAAAUAUGAGCACUGGAUUGAGUGAGGAAGCUAUUUUGGCAGCUGUGAGGCAGCAUUGUUAUCUGUCAAUGAAAUUAGGACCUCCAGUGGAAGAGGAACCGUGCUGUAUUUGUCAGGAGGAUUAUGUUGAUGGAAAGGAGCUUGGUAAGCUGAAUUGUGGGCAUGAGUUUCACUUCAAUUGCAUCAAACAAUGGCUCGUGCAGAAGAAUAACUGUCCCAUUUGCAGAAAGACUGCAGUGGUUGUUUGAGAGAUCAUCAGUUUCAAGGAACUCUUAUCCCAAAUCAGAGAUCAUUUGCCAAUCAGUUGUCCCUGUAAACUUCUCUUCGGUCCCUUUGCCAUCUGAACUUAUACCAUAGGCUUGCCGUUUCCUUUUGUUUGUUUCUUCUUUUUUUUUUGCCUUUUCUUAGCUGAGAAAGUUUUCGUUUCAGUCAUGUGCAAGUUUGAGCUAAUAUGUGUUCUUUUAUAUAAAUUCUCAGUUAAUUCUCUCUCUCUAGUUAAUUUUUCAAUCUCAGUUCCUAGU